AUGUCGGCCUCGCAGAAUCCCGAUGCCAUGACCAGCACCCAAGGCGAGUUCCGCUCACGGGUUGCUCCUAGCGAGCCUCUUACCACCAAGGGCCACGCGCCAGGUGUCAAAGUAGGAAAGGACGCCGCUCAAGAGUUCCACGCCGAGGCAUACCCAGCCGGAACUGCGCCCGCCAAAUUCACUCAUCAGCCGAACCCCGGUCCGGAAGAUACGGCUGGAGGCCAGCGCACCUCAACAGAGGCGUUACUGCCAGGCCCCACCUCGCAGCAGAUCUACAACGAAACCGAUCUCGGCAAGCCGAUCGAGGGCCAGUCGAGUGCCGAGCUACACGGGCGGCACAAGAAGGAAAGGUCCGGCCUCGAAGGGGUCGGAGCCAGUAAGGGGGGUGUGUUCGACAAGGUGCGGCAGGAGGGAGCAGACCUGGAAGGACGGGCGGCUGAGAUAAAGGGCCAGAGGGGCGCGAGCGGGCUCACUGAGGAAGGGCAGGAGUGGCAGGGUGCCGAUGAAAGGACCCCGGCGUCGGCCGAGGAUGUUGCUGCCGAGAGACGCUGA